GUGUGACCGAACGCCCCACAGAUCCUCCCCGAAGCAGUCUAGACCAAGAAAUGGACCCUGAAGCCAGCAGAACAAUGGAGGUGGCGGCACUUGGCCGGCCUUUCAGCCUCGGGAUGCUGUACGACUGCCGCCAAGACUCACUCAUCCCUGGAAUGACACUAUGGGACCGUGAUGACCUGGAAAAAGAUACCAGAGAAAGAACAAAACCUAACAGUGACUUUGAGAUAGUUGCAUCUGAAUCAAUUGAGGAUAAAUCUUCAGCACUAAAUGUUGAAGCCUCUCUGAAAGCAAGCUUCUUGAGUGGACUGGUAGAGGUGGAAGGAUCUGCCAAAUACCACAAGAAAUCCAAGAAUCAGGCCAGAGUAACACUAACGUACAAGACUACCACAAAGUUCCAGGAACUGUCAAUGAAUCAUCUUGGAAGAGGCAAUGUGAAGCAUCCGUAUGUUUUUGAUAAAGGAUUAGCAACACAUGUAGUCACAGCUGUUCUUUAUGGGGCGCAAGCCUUCUUUGUGUUUGAUCGUGAGGUGUCAGAAAAGGAAGAUCAUCAAGACAUUCAGGGCAACUUGAGCGUGAUGAUCAAGAAGAUCCCGUGCCUUUCUAUAGAGGGUGAAGGUUCCCUGAAACUGGAAGACAAGGACAGAGCAAAUGUUGAGAAAUUCUCCUGCAAAUUUCAUGGAGACUUUUCCCUUCAGAAACCUCCAACAUCCUUUCAGGAUGCCAUACAAGUCUAUCAAAGCCUGGCAAAAUUGUUGGGAUCCAAUGGAGAAAACGCUGUACCGGUAAAAGUCUGGCCGUUGCCAUUGGCAAGUUUGGAUUCUUCUGCUGCUCAACUCGUUCGUCAGAUAAGUAUAAGAUUAGUUCAGGAAUCACAGAGAGUCCUGGAGGAUUUAAUUGAACUAGAAAUGAGGUUCAACUAUGCAAUGAGAACAACAACUGCACAGCAGUUCCCACAGAUUGGCAAAAAAAUUAAAAGUUUUAAAGAAAUGUGCUCCGAGUUCAAGCUAAAUUCCAACGAACACUGUCUGAUCAUCAAGGACUGA